AUGUUUGUGCUAGUACCACUGGCAGUUUUUCUUCUGAUCCCAUGUAUGACAAGUGAGUUUUUCUGUGAAAUUGAUUGUUCAGAUUGAUAGAAUGUGAGACGACUAAAAGUUUACAAAAUUCUAGUUGCACAAUCUCAAUGUGUUUGCUAUGAAGAGAGCAAAGUGACUACAUUGUCCGCCGUCCUUUGUAACGCCCAUAAUAACACGGACUUUUCUGCAUGUUAUUCCGCAUCCUGCUCUUUCGAAGCAUACCCAGGAGACGAGAGUUUCAUUUGGACGGUACAUUACAAAUUUGGGAAACUUUUCAUAAUUUUACUUCAGGGCUUGAAUGUUCGCUGGAGUUAUUCUGGAAAUUCUGGUGGACUUUUGCAAUUUUUCGAUUCUUCUUCAGAUUCUACAAUUCCAUUCAUUGAGUGAGUAAGAUAGAGUACAUAGUAAUACCAAAGUAUGUUGAGUUGUUCAGAGUAUCUGAAGGACAGGAUGUAGUUGAUGGAGACGCGAAAAACCUUAUCAAAAGUACGUCUGCUACAAUUUUAGUCAAGUAUACGCAGACGGGAGCAGUGCCAAGUAGGUUUUCAGAUAUUAGCAUUCUGUGAAAUGGCGUAUCUAAUUCUCACGUUUUUCAGACAAGUAUCUUGGUGUGAUUCAUGCGGUUCCUGCCAGCGGAAUAAGCAAGCAAUGA